AAGGAUGGCACGAAGAGAUUUCAGGAUCAAACAUCGCAGCAUUCAGACGAGAGUAGUUCGCGCAUUUCGUUCAAGUUUCGUACAUUCAGCUAAAAAAAUGAAGGAAUCUUUAGGCAACGUCAAAUCGACGAUAAGAACCACCAGUGGCCGACUGUGCAUUACCGUCCUUGGAUCUUCAGCCGUUGGAAAAACAGCUCUGACUGUGCAAUACCUGACGAGUCGUUUUAUCGGUGAUUAUUAUUCCGGCACGGACAUGACUUACCAUCAUUCUUUUCCCUACAUGGGCGGAUCGCUUAAAACAAAUGUCGAUAUUCUUGAUAUUUCUCGACCCCACGACAACGAUGUGCAAGAGGAAGAUGACAUGCUAUUGUCGCUGGACACCGAGAAAUGCAAUGCCUUCAUUGUCGUCUAUUCGCUAACAAACUCAAAAUCUUUCGAUAGAGCACGUCAAAUCCUUUCGCGAUUACCGUUCAAUUCACCCAAAUAUUUAGUGGCCAAUCAAUUGGAUUUACAACACAGACGACAGGUAACACGUGUAGAAGGCCAAGCUGUCGCCGAUGAAUUUGGUUGUCCAUUUGAUGAGUUUUCAGCUGCGGAGUCACUCUACAAAGAUUAUCCUACUCAAAAUCAGUGCGGAGUGAAAAUUGUUUUUCAAAAAUUGAUCCGCCAAUUGAUAUCCAGUUCGCAUAUGCUACCCUAUCCGAGAAUGAUAAGAUUCUCGGCCUUUUCGAAAAUCCUCGGCGCCUUGGUGACUAAAACUCGUCAUGCCGCAAACAACAACAAUAACAAAGCCCAAAAAAGUCUUUCCAAUACUAGAAAAAGUUCGUUAUCAUCUUGCAGCGAUAGAAGCAGCAAUUCUAGUGGAAAUACGAGCAUCGGAAGUGUUGAUUCGAUUGCUGUUUUAACACCUGAAAUGAGUUUGUUGCAUAUCGACACCAACAGCAGCCACUUACUGUAUGGAGUCAAAUCGAAACCCAUUUCUAUUGCCCGCCAAAAGAAUCCGAUAAAUUAUCCAUCAAGUCAGAACGCGUCCAUAUAACAUUUUUAAAAAAUCGAUCCUCACCUUAACAUGUACAGUUUUCGUAUUUUUAUACAAAUUAGUUAUACAUCAAAUACAAGUUUAUUCUGGAUAUAAAA